AUGGAGGAGGUCAGUGAUGGAGGAGGAGGGGGUCAGAGAUGGAGGAGGUCAGUGAUGGAGGAGGUCAGUGAUGGAGGAGGUCAGAGAUGGAGGAGGUCAGAGAUGGAGGAGGUCAGUGAUGGAGGAGGUCAGAGAUGGAGGAGGUCAGUGAUGGAGGAGGUCAGUGAUGGAGGAGUGAUGGAGGAGGUCAGUGAUGGAGGAGGUCAGAGAUGGAGGAGGUCAGAGAUGGAGGAGGUCAGUGAUGGAGGAGGUCAGUGA